CGGAUCGGUUUCUAUAGCCGUCUGAACUUGCUCGUAGAUCGAUUUCUCAAGCAAAAAGAGCACCCUCGGCUAACCUUCCUCGGUAAAAUGGAUCCAAGAAUUGCUCUCCAAAUUCCUGUUAUUAUAUAAUCUUCUUACGUGAUAAACAGUUAAACAAUAUUAGGUAACAUGUACGCUUGUCCACCGAUGCCUCCGGUGCCAUGCCCACCGGAAUGUCCACCCCCAGACAAAUCGAAGAACGUAGGGGCAAAGUACUAUAGGGAAAUCGGUACCGCGAUGGUCGGCAAUCAGCUGAUAAUUCGCAUGGAGAGAGAGAAAGGUAGAUCGAAGAAAUUAGGCGACUGGAUUCCACCGUGCGACUGCGACGUCGUUGAAAUACAGAGGCCUUCUGGCAAAGAGGGGCCUAAGAUCCUGAAGGGACCCACCAACAAUCAGAUCCUCUUUCGAAUCCAGUCGAAGACCCAAAUGGGGAAGAAGGACGGUUCCACUAGCAAGUCUCAGGGCAUCUACUACGAGGUUGGCCAAUGCACGGAGGGUCGAAGCGAGGACGACAAGUGCCGAAUGUUCACCAUCUACCCGGUCAUGGAUGGACCGUGCGCGCAGGAAGUGCACACUGAUCGCGUCACCGAAGGCAACGAGAACGUGUUCAUGCUGAAAGUGAAGAAGAAGUCUGCGCCUGUCGACGAGCCGAAAAGACACAUCGAACUGGAGCUGAGAACGCCUCAACCGCCUCCGCAGCCUGUACGUAGCGAACCGGAAGUCCCUCCGGUUCCUCAGGAGGUCUGCGACGAGUUAGAGAGGUCGAGAACCGAGAAGAUCCCAAAAGAAGAACCGAAGAAGAAAGUAACCAAGAGAAAAUCCAGAAGAUGAUGGUUCAAGGGCAAGCAUUCUUGAAGCAACCGAACUAAUUUUGUGAACAAUUGUCUCUAAUACGAUCUUUCUAAUAAAGCAUUCUUUUAUGAUAUA